UAGACAAAAGAUUACAGCGGAAAAACCGAAGUGAAAGUAGUUAUAGUUCUUGUUCAAGUUCAGCCCUCCAACAAAAUCCUUAAAAUGUUCACAACUGUUGCAGCUUCAACACUGCCAUGUUUUUCAUCUUUUACAAGAUUCUAUAUUGACAAAAGAAUCUCAAAGCCAUUAAACUAUGUUCACUCUUUCUCACUAUUCACACCCCCCUCUCUGCAUUUCGCCUCUAAAAGACACCCCCAUUUCUUUCCACAAGCUGCUUCAUCUUCAUCUUCAUCUUCAUCUGCUGCAGCAAAUGCUGAAUACCUUGAGGAACCAGCAACAAAUGUGAAGUUUCAGACAUCUUUAAGUUUCCCGGGUUGUUCAGACUCAUUAACAUUGUUUGGAACUGGAUACAGAGAAAAAGUUUUUGCUAUUAUUGGCGUCAAGGUCUAUGCUUCUGGACUGUAUCUAAACCAGUCUAUCGUAAAUGAGUUGAAUGCUUGGAAAGGGCAGUCGAAAGAUGUUAUUCAAGGGAAAUCUUCCUUGUUCAAGACCAUUUUCCAAUCUCCCCUUGAGAAAUUAUUGCAAAUUGUUCUUGUAAGAGAUGUUGAUGGUAAAACUUUCUGGGAUGCCUUAAGUGAUGCCAUAUCACCAAGAAUUGCAAAACCAACAACUGCGGAUGAAACUGCUUUGACUACUUUCCGUAGCGUCUUUCAAGAUCGCCCUCUUAAGAAAGGAACUUUCAUUUUUUUGACUUGGUUGAACCCUACCAAAUUGCUUGUUUCUGUCUCAUCAGAAGGGAUUCCAUCUACCGCGGAUGCUACAAUUGAAUCUGCAAAUGUGACUUAUGCUCUUUUUGAUGUAUUCCUUGGAGACAGUCCUGUUUCUCCCUCCUUGAAAGCUUCAGUUGCUCAAUGCUUGUCAAAAGUACUCGAGUAAAAAUAAUAACAAUAGCGUCUCUGAGAAAAUUUCAUGCAUCCAUGUUUACUUCAAAUCGUUCAAUCUUUGAAUGUGUUACUGCAGUUAAGCUCUAUGGUGCACCGUUGUAUGCUGUAUGUAUAAUAAUAAGCUGUCACUUAGUUCUAGUGUUUAUUUUCUAGCGAUCGGAACUUUGUUCAAGUAAUUAUUUUCUAAUGAUAUAAAAUAUUUGAUUUGGCCAAUAAA